CAAAAUUGGAAAAAGAUUACCAUGGAUUUAAGCAUCAAUAGCAACCUUUCCACAUUUGAAUAACAAAAGAGAGUACCAGGCUAGACUGAACAGAUAAAACAUCCAAAUAACCUAGGAAGAGAGAUCUUGGCAUCAAAGGUUGGUUCUACCAUGCCCCUGCUAAACCAAAGGCACCAUCAGAGCCUGUGAUGUUACCAGCAACCUCACAAAUCCCAGGACUGAAUGCUGAAAUAGAAGGACAAUAUCAGGAUGACCCAAUUAAACCACUGUUCCGUGAGACGGAUUCUAAAUAUAUCAGACUGGCCAAACAGGGUGGUAGACAAAAUUUGUUACAGUUCAAAGAAAAUCCAAACAUGCGUGAAAGAGCACCAAAAGGAUAUCCCAGGCCUGAAUGGUUUUAUCUCGAGGAUAAUGCCCUUGAGGAUGCUGAAUUGAAAAAGACCGAACAACUCAAUCAUGACAUUGAAUAUCAGUACAUGGUACCUGAAUAUAUGGUCCAUGAGGAAUGGAAACCUGAAACAGACUUCUAUGAGAGACCAAGAAGGCAACCAUUCUCCUUUGAUAGGUUGUCAGCAUUUGAGAGGGAAGGAGAAAGAGUAACAGAUAAGACAAUUAAAUUGCCAGAAGUUAAAAAACCUGGCUUUGGUGUUCGCAGUGCUAAGCCAUUAAAGACAAAGCCAAGACCACAAGAAAGGACAAAACCAUCAACAGUAGCUAAACAGUCCCAGUUAGAACAGGAACGACCUCAUCUUAAAUAUUUACCAUUACCUGAGGGAGAUUCAAAUGGAAAUGGCAAACCAUCUAUGUCAAAGAUUCUAGGAUAUGAAUAUGAGAAAAAGUGGCACGACGAGGUCAACAAAUGGCAAUUCAAACAAGAUAAACUGAGAGCACAACAUAGAGCCAUGCUAAAUGAACAGGAUAAAGAACAAGGGGCAUCAGAAUACAAGUCAACCUUUGGGAAACCAGCCAGACCCCAAUAUGUCCAAGAAAAAGGAAGAAAAGUAUAUGACACAAGAUCCUACAAAUCACCCACUACAGACAAAGCAGCGAAUCAAGAAAAAGAAUUGUUCAAAUUAACAAGAUUUAAGAAUGUUGGUUCCAAGAUAGAUUCACACAAUCCACUAGUAACAUCCAAUUCAAACAGACCGGCAGUGGCAAGCCAUUAACCUGGGUGGGAAGUGGCAUUUCCUUACCCACAGUCAGGCAGUGGCAGGCCAUUGUAACUAACAAUCACUGAACAAUAUAAUAUUAUCUAAAUGAACAAAUUUUUGAAAUAAUAUUUAUGUUGCCUUAGAACCAGUAUACCACAAAAUAUUAUACAAGCAACAAGUUUUAGUAACAUCAAUCAGAGAGAUUUUUCAACUAGAACAGUUUGUGAAUGAUUUAUAGUUUUGGAAAACAUUCUAUGUUGAGCGAUCCGUUUACAAACAUACAACUCAAUGCAAUUAUGUAAGGAUUUUAAUGAAAACAUCUUUAGUUAGCGGUCAGUUUUUUAGUUGUUGAAUAUUUUCAUUUUGUUUUAGAAGUUAUUAGGCAGUUUGUAUAAUUUGUUUUCAACUGUUCUUAUAAUGAAUAAGUUUUAUCAAGUGCCUUGUUUCAACUUUUGUUACCAAUGAUCUUAAAACCAUUGUUAGUAAUUUUUAUUGUGUCAUUUUAUAAGGUUUAUUUUUAUAGUAAAAACAGUCUUUUAACAUCAUUUUGACCUUACACACCCAUGAUGAAGAAAGAUUUUUUUUUACUAACAGCUAUGAGUCCCAUUGUGGCAUCAGAAAUCGUGAUAAAUAUUUAAUUUGGUAUAUAUGUUCUAACAAAAUUUUCACUAUGUACAGCGGUUAAAAAAUAUUUUAUAGCUAAUCAUUUUUUUUAAAAUUAGUGUUAUUAGUUUAAAAACAUUUCCUCAUUAUUGGUAAUUUUCUCUGAAUUAAAUCAGUAGAUGGUAUAUUACACGUUCACUUUAUAUCAUCAGUAAUCAACCUGUGAUUUACUCUACACCAGCAAGAGUUAACAGAAUUAUCCUGUGUUAACUGUGCAUAGUAUUGGAUUAUCUUAGUUGAGAAAACACACAAGCAACAUAGUUUAUAGUUAACUUAAGUAUCUGACAUAUCUGGCAUAUAUAAUUUGUAAUGUUGUUACUUUUUAAUUGAGAACUUUUCUGGUGUAGGGGAGAUAAUCCAAUUUGAAUUGUGUUACAUUGCCAUUUACAAAUGCACUGUACAUCUGGUACUUACUUGGGCCUUGUGUGUUUUUCUAUUUUUAGGACUCAGAUCAUUGUCAAAAGAAAGUAUUAUUUUAUUUUUUGACUUUUCAUAACAUUAUACUUUUAUAUUGCAAGAAAAUGCAUCUUGUUGAAUUUUCUUUACAUUUGUUAAGACAUGGUUUUUGUAAAAAAGAUUUUAUGUACUACAUAAUUUUCUUUGCAUUUGAAGUUGUUGUGCAAUUUUGAAUGUAGAUAAAAUAAAGAAAUAAUGAUAAAAGUG